UCGAGGGUUUGAGAACGUUCAAGAAAAAUCAGAAAAACCAGCCAUGGAGGGAAAAUCAGACUCCAUCUUCUCCCACAAGAACUCCCGCCUCCCCGACGACACCGUUUUCUACUCCAUCUUCCCCGACUUCUCCCUCCCCUCCACCACCACCACCACCACCACCUCCACCACCAACGCCGCCGUCACCUCACAACUCCACUCCCUCCACCUCCAAAUCCUCAACCUCCUCUCCCCCUUCACCUCCCACUACAUCUACCAACACGAACCCUUCACCCUCUCCCCGCUCUCCUCCCCCGUCCCCCACCUCCACGGCAAGCUCCGCUACGGCGACAACCUCGACGACGAGUGGUUCGUCGUCUUCCUCCUCCUCCAAACCUCCCUAUCCUUCCCCGACCUCUCCAUCCGCGUCUUCGACUCUGACGGUGAGUUCCUCCUCAUUGAGUCCGCCUUCCUCCUCCCCCGCUGGCUCAACCCCGACACCGCCACCAACCGCCUCUUCCUCCGCCACGGCCACCUCCACAUCAUCCCCAAAUCCCUAUCCCCCGAUACCCCAACCUUAACCCAAUCCCUAACCCUCCUAAUCACCUCCGGAGACCAAACCCUAGCUUCUGAUCCAAUCCAAUCAGCCAUUAAAAACCGGAUUAAGAAUUACCCGGGGAAUAAUAUGAAUAUGCAUAGGGUUAGGGUUAGGGUUCCGGUAUCCGUAGCAAGGGUUUUGAAACACGAGCCGUGCUUGAUAUCGUUAGCGGUGGCGGGGUUUUACGAUAGGGAUAUUGAUUCGAUGAAGUACGCCGCAAAGAUGGAGAGGUUUGGGGAAGGGGAGGAGCUUGUUGAGGUGUGUGUGAGGAUGUCUAGGGCAAUGUACGCUCAGUUGGUGCAGCAGACUUUUCAGGCGCCGAAGGGGUACCCAAUGCCAGUGAGGAGUGAUGGUAGAGUUUUUGCGGAGGCGGAACUGGGGAUGAAGAUUGCGUGCGGGUUUGAGAUGGUGUAUCAGUUGAGGAAGAGGCAUGGGGUGGAAGGGAAGGGGGGUACGUGGGAGGCAUUUAGGGAGAGUUUGGAGAGGAGUGGGUAUUUUGAGGGAUUACUUCCCGGGUCAAAGGAGUAUCGGCGGUUGAUGGAGAACGCACAGGAGUAUUACAAAAGCAGUUCUUUGUAUUCUAGAGCCAGUGAGAUGAUGAGUGCUCCAGUGAGACGUAUAGAUGAGAUUCUUGCUCUCCCUCAUUCAGCUGAUGAUUUUCGGAGUCAGGAGCUUCCUCCUUCAGAUGAUGAUUCAUGGCUUUAUAAUGGGGAGGAUGAAUUGAAUGCUGCUAUUCUUGAGAGGCAGAAGGAGAUGGAGCUUUAUAAUUCUAAGCAUAAAGGGAAACAAAAGCUGAAAGAGCAGCAGGACUCCGGUCCCUCGACUGAGCAUUUAGAUGAUUUUGGUCUUGGGGAGAUAGCCAAAUCUAUGCAAUCAUUUGUGCAGAAGAUGUCAAGCUAUAAGGGAGCAGAGGUUCCUGAAAACAGAAACCUAGAGGGUGUGGACUUCGAUGUGGACCGUUUUAUGAAGGACCUGGAAUCUGUAAUAGGAAAUCAGGGUUCAGACGACACCCACAGCAAUGAGGAUAUUGAGGAAGGAUCCUCGUCUGACUCUGACAUGAAUUUUGAUGACUCUGAAGAUGGGAGUGACAUAGAACCUUCCGAGAAUAAUGAAGGGGAUUCAUUCAUGGGUGCCUAUUCCAAUGCUCUGAGUGAGGAACUGAAGACGUCUACACUGAACAAAAGUUUUGUUCGUGCAUCACAAUCUUUUAAAAUAAACGAGGGAACUUCAAACACCUCUGACAGCAUGGAUGUGCAGGCAAAAUCAAAUGCCUCAGAAGACAUGGACGAGGAGUUCACUCCAGUGGAUGUGGAUGUGAAUCUUGUGAAGAGUUUCCUUGAUUCCUUUUCUUCUCAACAAGGACUUCCUGGUCCUGCUUCCAAUUUGCUAGGUCUUAUGGGUCUACGUCUCCCACAAGAUCCCAGCAAAGACAAAUGAAAAAUCCUGUGUGUGUGUGUGUGUGUGUGUGUGGCUUAUCCACUAUCAUCUACAUGCCUUGUAAUUUUCAUCGAGGUGUCAUUUACAAUUUGUUAGCUUAUGCCUGUAUGGCUGUAUACGUAUCAGGGAAUGCAGUACAGUAGUACAUAUUUGUUGCGAGAACUAUUUAUACACGAAGAGUUUCUCUUUACUAAAGAGAGAAGACUCUAAGAGGCGUGCAGCUUCCCAAUGUCUUGAGUUUGGGCUUAGCAGAGGAUAGUCUAUCACCUAGCUUGUAGAGUGAAGUUGAAGUAGAUAGAUCCUGUCAAAGCCUUGGGUGUUUCUUCAAAAAGCACUUGUGGGUGGAGGUUUGUCGAUCAACUGUGUUACUAAUUAUCUUGUGAAAGAAACCAAUCUUAUCUAUAAUUCUAUAUAGUUCAAAUCACUUGUAUUUCUUC